AUCGCUAUCGCCUCGAGACGGACUUGGGCCGUAUUGGACGAGGUAAGAGCCUAGAGACGAAUCCAACCUUCAAGAGCGACUCAGAGGCACGUGUGUCAGCGCUGACGAGCAGCGCCUGCUUCAACGGGCGUCAGUGAGCGAGCUCCACUGCUUGCAAGGCAAGCUGCACCAGGAGCCGCCGCCGCGGCCCGCGCUGGCAGGAGUGCGGCUGCGAGGCUCGACACGACACACCAGACGCUGUCGCUGCGCAGAAGCGGUGAUAGGAGACGCCAGAGACACGCAGAGACGCGCCGGUCGCCCUCGGAGGCGAAACGCCCCGGCCCCCCCGCAGGCAGAACAAGAUGCCGUUCGUCCCCGAGAGCGUGCUCAAGAAGCGCCGCGCGCAAGCGGCCAUCGCGGCCGACAAGGACGCCGCGUCGAAGAAGGCCGCCGCCGCCGCCAAGGCGAAGAAGGACGUCAUCUUCAAGCGCGCGGAGAAGUACGCCGCCGAGUACAAGCAGCAGGAGAACGACGCCAUCCGACUGCGGCGAGAAGCGAAGAAGGCCAAUAGCAUCUACGUGCCUCCGGAGGCGAAGCUGGCCUUUGUUAUUAGAAUUAGAGGUAUCAUCGGCAUGUCGCCGAAGGUGAAGAAGAUCCUCCAGUUACUGAGACUGAGGCAGCUCCACUCCGGCGUCUUCGUCAAGCUGAACGGCUCGACGAUCAAGAUGUUGAGACUCGUCGAGCCCUACAUCGCGUAUGGUACGCCCAACUUAAAAACGGUCAGAGAACUCGUCUACAAGCGCGGCUACGGCAAGGUCAACAAGCAGCGCGUGCCCAUCGACAACAACGCCGUGGUGGAGCAAGUAUUAGGCAAGUACGACAUCGUCUGCGUCGAGGACGUGAUCCACGAGCUGUACACGACGGGGCCCCACUUCAAGGAGGUCGCGAACUUCCUCUGGCCCUGCAAGCUGUCCAGCCCGACGGGCGGCUUCAAGAUGAAGCUCCUCCACUACAACGAGGGCGGCGACGCGGGCGACCGCGGGGAGAAGAUCCACGAGCUCGUGAAGAAGAUGAUCUAGGGUGGGGUAUGGCGGUCUACUUAUCUCGUGUCAACUUGGAGUUGGGGGGUCGUCAAAAAACCCGACUGGCAGACGUGUCUCAUCAACUUUGGUCCCAUAAGUUGGCUAUAACUCGCCAUUCGUGCACCGCUGUUGCACAUCCGUGGCGCAUUGAUCAACUCUUUCAACAGCACAGCUCUUGCAACAGCAACCACGCAACA